AUGUCCAAACCAAUUGCUCCAAGUCAAACGCUAUUUGUGCGAAAUUUAACUGACAAGAUACCCAUUGAUGAUUUGAAACGAAAUUUAUAUUAUUUGUUCUCUUCAGUAGCUCCAGUUGUGGAAAUUAAUGCAAGAAAAGGCCAAUCAAGAGGGCAAGCUUGGGUUUCAUUUCCUAAUUUGGAAUCAGCAGAAAUCAUAAUGAAACAAUUUAACAAUUUCCCAUUUUUAGGGAAAGCAUUACAAAUUGAAUAUUCUAAAAAUCCCUCAAAAUCCUUAGAGGAAUUCUACAAUGCGUUUUCAACGCGUCAAGAAGAGGAAGAAGAAGCGAAAGAAGAGCCAGAGAGCACAGUUAUCAAACUCUGGGGUUUCCCUCCAAAGAUUUCAAUCCAAGUUCCCAAACUUUUAGUUUCAAAAUUACCUGGAUUUCACGAAAUUCAACAGAUUGAUGAUGCAUUUUUAGUUACAUUCGAAACUACUGAAAAUGCAAAAGAAGCUUGCGAAAAAUAUAACGAAUACCAGUUUCCAGGUGGAUAUAUAAUUCAUGCUGCAUUACAGAAAUAG